GAGGCAGCAGGAAGGGCUCGAGCUGCAGGGCAGCAGAAGGCGGCUGUGAAGGAAGGAAGAGCGAGAAUUUCCGUCCCCGCCAGCCGCUCCCUUGGAUCUGGAGGGCGGUGCAAGAGCUCAGCAGCAGCGCUGCAGGAAACGUUGCACGUCCUUUGACACGCAGCACACUGACCCUGCGCGCAGCAAAAGAGACUUGUUGCUGCUUGCGGAGCCAUUUGGCUCAAGAGGAAGCAUAUGACAAUUGGAAGAUGAAAAAUGGGGGGAAACCCAGCAGAGGAUUGUUAGGAGGUGACAGAUGGAAAAAGAGAAACCAGAAGAGUCUAAAACCUGGAGCAGAAGGGAAGAGCAGGAGUGGAUCACCUGCUUCUCAGCAUGAAAUCCAAAACAUAAUGAAUCAAGAAAGAGAGAAAAUCCGGUGCCCUCCUCAUAGGAAAGGCAUGAGUCCUGAGCCAAGCUUUGAACCUCAGUGGGAAAUGCGCACAGAGAAGAAAAUAUGUGAGAGUUUCGGGUGUGGAAAUGACUUCAGCAGGGGUGGAGCUCUUACACUGAAUCAUAGAACCUGCACUGAGGAGAAAACACAUAAAUGCUCUCUGUGUGGAAAGAGCUUCAGUCAGCGUGGAUAUCUUACAUUACACCAAAGAAGCCACACUAGAGAGAAACCACACAAAUGUCUGGAAUGUGGAAAGAGCUUCAGCAAUAGUAGAGAUCUUACUGUACACCAUAGAAGCCACACUGGGGAGAAACCAUAUGAAUGCUUGGAGUGUGGAAAGAGGUUCAGACAGAGUGGACAUCUUACAUUACACCAUAGAAGCCACACUGGGGAGAAACCAUACGAAUGCUUGGAGUGUGGAAAGUGCUUCAGCAGUAGUGGACAACUUACUGUACACCAUAGAACCCAUACUGGGAAGAAACCAUACGAAUGCUUGGAGUGUGGAAAGAAGUUCAGCCAGAGCGGACAUCUUACAUUACACCAUAGAACCCACACUGGGGAGAAACCAUACGAAUGUUUGGAGUGUGGAAAGAAGUUCAGCCACAGUGGAGAUCUUACAUUACACCAUAGAAGCCACAGUGGGGAGAAACCAUACGAAUGCUUGGAGUGUGGAAAGAAGUUCAGCCAGAGCGGACAUCUUACAUUACACCAUAGAACCCACACUGGGGAGAAACCAUACGAAUGUUUGGAGUGUGGAAAGAAGUUCAGCCACAGUGGAGAUCUUACAUUACACCAUAGAAGCCACAGUGGGGAGAAACCAUACGAAUGCUUGGAGUGUGGAAAGAAGUUCAGCCAGAGCGGACAUCUUACAUUACACCAUAGAACCCACACUGGGGAGAAACCAUACGAAUGUUUGGAGUGUGGAAAGAAGUUCAGCCACAGUGGAGAUCUUACAUUACACCAUAGAAGCCACAGUGGGGAGAAACCAUACGAAUGCUUGGAGUGUGGAAAGAAGUUCAGCCAGAGCGGACAUCUUACAUUACACCAUAGAAGCCACACUGGGGAGAAACCAUACGAAUGCUUGGAGUGUGGAAAGAAGUUCAGCCAGAGUGGAGAUCUUACAUUACACCAUAGAAGCCACACUGGGGAGAAACCAUACGAAUGCUUGGAGUGUGGAAAGAAGUUCAGCAAGAGCGGACAUCUUACAUUACACCAUAGAACCCACACUGGGGAGAAACCAUACGAAUGUUUGGAGUGUGGAAAGAAGUUCAGCCACAGUGGAGAUCUUACAUUACACCAUAGAAGCCACACUGGGGAGAAACCAUACGAAUGCUUGGAGUGUGGAAAGAAGUUCAGCAAGAGCGGACAUCUUACAUUACACCAUAGAACCCACACUGGGGAGAAACCAUACGAAUGCUUGGAGUGUGGAAAGAAGUUCAGCCACAGUGGAGAUCUUACAUUACACCAAAGAAGCCACACUGGGGAGAAACCAUACGAAUGCUUGGAGUGUGGAAAGAAGUUCAGCAAGAGCGGACAUCUUACAUUACACCAUAGAACCCACACUGGGGAGAAACCAUACGAAUGUUUGGAGUGUGGAAAGAAGUUCAGCCAGAGUGGAGAUCUUACAUUACACCAUAGAAGCCACACUGGGGAGAAACCAUACGAAUGCUUGGAGUGUGGAAAGAAGUUCAGCAAGAGCGGACAUCUUACAUUACACCAUAGAACCCACACUGGGGAGAAACCAUACGAAUGCUUGGAGUGUGGAAAGAAGUUCAGCCACAGUGGAGAUCUUACAUUACACCAAAGAAGCCACACUGGGGAGAAACCAUACGAAUGCUUGGAGUGUGGAAAGAAGUUCAGCCAGAGCGGACAUCUUACAUUACACCAUAGAACCCACACUGGGGAGAAACCAUACGAAUGUUUGGAGUGUGGAAAGAAGUUCAGCCACAGUGGAGAUCUUACAUUACACCAUAGAAGCCACAGUGGGGAGAAACCAUACGAAUGCUUGGAGUGUGGAAAGAAGUUCAGCCAGAGCGGACAUCUUACAUUACACCAUAGAAGCCACACUGGGGAGAAACCAUACGAAUGCUUGGAGUGUGGAAAGAAGUUCAGCCAGAGCGGACAUCUUACAUUACACCAUAGAAGCCACACUGGGGAGAAACCAUACGAAUGCUUGGAGUGUGGAAAGAAGUUUAGCCACAGCGGACAUCUUACAUUACACUAUAGAAGCCACACUGGGGAGAAACAAUAUGAAUGCUUGGAGUGUGGAAAGAGGUUCAGCCAGAGCGGACAUCUUACAUUACACCAUAGAAGCCACACUGGUGAGAAACCAUAUGAAUGCUUGGAUUGUGGGAAGCACUUCAGCAGUAGCAGAGGACUUACUUUACACCAUAGAACCCACACUGGGGAGAAACCAUACGAAUGCUUGGAAUGUGGAAAGAAGUUCAGCUGGAGUGGAGAUCUUACAGUACACCAUAGAAGCCACACUGGGGAGAAACCAUAUGAAUGCUUGGAAUGUGGAAAAAAGUUCAGCCGGACUAGAGAUCUUACAUUACACCAUAGAAGCCACACUGGGGAGAAACCAUAUGAAUGCUUGGAAUGUGGAAAGAGGUUCAGCAGUCGUAAACAACUUACUGUACACCAUAGAAGCCACACUGGGGAAAAACCAUAUGAGUGCUUGGAGUGUGGAAAGAAGUUCAGCCAGAGUGGAGAUCUUACAGUACACCAUAGAACCCACACUGGGGAGAAACCAUAUGAAUGCCUGGAGUGUGGAAAGAGGUUCCGAAGUAAUAGAGAUCUUACUGUACACCAUAGAAGCCACACUGGGGAGAAACCAUAUGAAUGCUUGGAGUGUGGAAAGAGGUUCAGCCAGAGUGGACAUCUUACAUUACACCAUAGAAGCCACACUGGUGAGAAACCAUAUGAAUGCUUGGAAUGUGGGAAGCACUUCAGCAGUAGCAUAGGACUUACUGUACACCAUAGAACCCACACUGGGGAGAAACCAUACAAAUGCUUUGAGUGUGGAAAGAAGUUCAGCCGGAGUGGAGAUCUUACAUUACACCAUAGAAGCCACACUGGGGAGAAACCAUACCAAUGCUUGGAGUGUGGAAAGAAGUUCAGCCGGAGUGGAGAUCUUACAGUACACCAUAGAAGCCACACUGGGGAGAAACCAUAUGAAUGCCUGGAGUGUGAAAAGAGGUUCCACAGUAAUAGAGAUCUUAUUGUACACCAUAGAAGCCACACUGGGGAGAAACCUCACAGAUGUCAGGAAUGUGGGAAGAGCUUCAGCCAGAGUGGACAUCUUAAACAACAUCAUAGAACCCACACUGUGUAGAAACCAUAUGAAUGCUUGGAGUGUGGAAAAAGGUUCAGCCAGAGUGGACAGCUUAAACAACAUCAUAGAAACCAAACUGGGGAGAAACCAUAUAAAUAUUUUGAGAGUGCUAUGAGCUUCAGCUCGAGUGGAUAAAGGUCAAUGAUUUUUUAAAAAAAUCAAAGGAAUUCAAUUUAAAAAUUUAAAUCAUUUUUUAAAAUUUAAAUCAGAUUUUUAAAUUUAAAUCUUAUUUUUUUUUAAAAAAAUGCUUUUUAGUGGAAAAAUCUAUCUCUAGAUAGUUUUCUAUAAUGUAUUAUAUAGUCCAAAGAUAUUCAUCAUGAAAUAAGGAUUAAUUUUUAAUUAUGUAGCAUGAGUCUGUAUAUAUGCAAUGUUUAAAUUUUUUGGUAAAUGAAUUCCUUAAUCCAUUCACAAUGUCAUGCUCUGUAGGAUUAUUUUGUGCAGUUUUUCUAUCUACCAGAUAUUAACACAGAUCCUUGGCUUUGCAGUUCUCAAAACUGUGAUUUUGUGUCUGCAGAGAUAACAUGCCUCUUCUUUGUUGGAAAUUCUCUGUGGUGAGAGAAUUCCUUUCUCAAUAUAGCAGAGUGCACAGAGGCACAAUACACAGCAGAUUUAGUUAGGCAUGCGUGUGUGCUGAGAGUAAAGUAACUUGGAGCCAAUUGCUAGUUUCAAAUCAAUAUAAAAGGCAUUUAUUAAGGAACUCCAUUCUAGAUAGGAAAGUGAGGAUUUAGGAUCUCUAAUCUAUCUAUCUAAGUGGAUGCACAUGGAUUCUCCAUCUUCUCUGCACAUAUGGUGCAGGGAGAGAACCUUGCCAUGUUGCAAGGUAGGCAGCCAGGUAGCAAGAGAGAAGGAGGAAGGAAGUUGAAUCCCUGAGAUUAGCAAUCUACAUUUCAAAGGGAUAGCAUCAGAGCAGUGGAGAAGUGAUGACUUCUCCCUCUAGCCCUCUGACUUACUAGUCUGUCCUCCACUGUCUGAGACAUGAGACAGCGCAAAGUCCUUUAACUUUCCAACAUUCUUCACAGCAAAAAUGUUAUGAAAUAAACAUACAGAGUUUAGAAAAAGGCCUCUUAAUCCAAUUGUUUCUUUGCAAAUCUAUUUAAAUUGUUAUUAAAGUAACUGUGUAUACGGUAUCUGAAGUAUUAAUCUUUUGUGUAUUUUAUGUUUUAUGUAUUUUAUCUAUUUUACGUAUUUACUCCUGUUCUUUCUUUUUCUUUUUGUAUUUAUGCUGGUCUUGGGCUGAAAUAAACAAAUACAAUACAAUUAUUAAA